AUGACAAUGACGACUUGGCAGACUUGCUGCCGCCGUUUCCUUCGUGAUGUUGCAUCUGCCGCCUUCUCCGCCUACUUCCUUCCCUUUCUCUUUUCUACGCUUGCGCCCCCUCUGACCUUCUGCCGCCCUCCCUCGCCUUUUUGGCAGCUCUUUGAAUUUCCCUUCUCACUCUCCACGCCCACACACGUAGUGGAGAAAAGACGACGGGCACACGCGAAUAAUAAAACACAACACCGAGGGCCAAGGUCCACAGUGAGCACCACAAUGGACUGGGAUCGACCUAGUGGAAAGCGGCGGCGCACAGAUGAGGAGGAAGCGUGUGAGGCGUUGGGUGGGCUGCUACGACAGACAGCGUCCCGCGCGAUGGAGCGGGUGCGCUUGCAGCGACAGCAACGCGGCUGGGAGAGCCAACUGACCGCCCUCUCCUCUUCUGCCGCCGCGGCGGUGGCGCGGAGUGUGAAGCCGAUGGACGUGCUUGUCAUUCGGUUCUGCAUGCACUACUUGGAUUGCAGCACGGUGGCCGCGCCGAAUCAGUUCGUGCGACUUGCUCAGGAGGUUGUGACGUCCAGUAUCGAGCGGUUACUGGUGCCGCAGCUCUUCAGCCGCGAUGGCAGCUCUCUUCCGGCUCUGUGCGAGAGUCUCGUCACAGAGCACACCGCCGAGGACAUUCAGGUGACGGUGAAGGAAGUGUCUGAGUUUGUUGAAGCCCGCUGUGCCCUUGGUGCAUGGAUCGCCGACGCGACGGCCACUCGCGGGGAUGUUAGUGAUGACGACAAUGACGACGCGGACAACUACACUGGUGACUACUACGAUCAUUCACGCUCGUGUGACCACGGUGAUGGAUACUCUCCCCUCGCCAACGAAGAGGGCGAGGGCUAUGAGGACGGCGAUGGUGGCAGGCCUCCCAGCCCACAGCAGGAUGGCGAGGACUUUGCGCUGGCAGCCACGUUGUAUCAGGCUUGCGAGUUCUGGGUUCGAGUGCAGACUUUUCUCAACUCCUUGUCACUGCACAGUGCUCGCCUGCACGUCUUUGCUAUGCCGCCACGGUACGAGCGAGAGCUGCUUCUUCUUCUGUAUGCUGCGACUCGCGGCGGCGGUGGCGAUGACGAGGCGUCGACUGAGACGGUGGCACCUGGCGGCGGUUCAGCAUCGCGGAAGGGCAAAAGCCGUGACGACGCGCCCUCCUCGCCGGCUAGCGCAACGGUAGAGAAGGUCGAAAGUAAAGACAGCAUCAAACCGGAGCCGAUGUGGGACGGUGACGAGGAUGUGGUGGCACAGGUAGUCGGUGUCGGCGGCACAGACAACGAGAGUACGGAGCAGACGGAGGCGUUGACAGGCCUGCGUCAUCCACAGCAGCUGUACAAGGCAUCUGCCCUGCUUGCUGACGUGUUGGCGCUCUCUCGCUGCCCUGAAGUCCCCACGACGACGUCGUCGUUACCCAUCGGUGCUACUUCAGCUCCAGCUUUGGUGUCGUCACCGUCGUCAGCAGCGGCGCCGCGGAUCAGCGCUGAGGCCAUGCAGCACCUAAGGGGGCUCAACUCGAACUUUUACAAGAUGGUGUAUGCGCGGCUCGGCGUGAUGGUGGCACGUGAUCGCCUCUACCGCUUCGAUCAGGUUUCCGCCAUCACGCCACCCGAGCUCACCGUGCAGCAGCGCAACCUUCAGGAGCAGCUGAUCCAGCAGGAGCAGCAGCAGCGAUACAAGGCAGACUUGAUGUCCGCCGCCCUGGGUAUUCCUGGGCAGCCGGAGGCUGGGCUGCCAGCUGCCUACGUGCCGGACGAUGCGUACUACGAGAAGCUUCUGCAUCAGCAGCACGACACGAUCGAUGAGGACGAGGAGGUGUACAAGGGUGAGGUGAUGGACUACUACCUCUCUCACCCCAACCGCCCCAGCGCCGCGACGGGGUCGUCGUCGAACUACUCGCGCUCCCGCUCACACCACGGCGGCUCCUCUGCACGCGGUGGCGAGGCGGAGGCGCUGAUGAAGCCGCAUCGCUUCUGCAAAGUCAAGACGGGCUUCACGUGGACGCAGUACAACCGCACCCACUACGACAGUCGCACUAACCCACCACCGCGGACAGAGAUGUGGUACGAGUUCACCCUCUUCUACCCAGCCCUUGCGAACACGAAGCGUGACAUGCGGCACAUCUUCCGCAUCGAGGACACCCCCGAUGGGCCCAACGACCAGUACUGCCUCCUCGUCUUCAGUGUGGGCCCGCCGUACGCUGAUGUAGCGUACCGCAUUCGCAAGAAGCAGUGGGACCCCCGCCGCGGCGGGGUGCGCAUUAGCUUUGACCAGUACGGCAGGUACAAGCUCUUCUUUCGCUUCACGAACAGCAACUACCGACGCUGA